AUGCCCAAACCUAGUGCCUGCAUCCUCCUCCUCCUCCUAUUCCUCCUCCCCGAGGUCUCCCCCAGCUGCCAGACAGGCACAGCUGCUGCCUGCAUGAAAGCAAACUUUGUGCCUGGGCACAACCUGGUGGGUCAGGGGAUUGACAUGACCACACUGGGCCGGACUGGGGUCCACGUGGUGGACACCAGCCAGUGGCGCAGCCCGAAUGGCACCUGCACCCUGUGCCGGAACCCGUUGCAGGGAGGGCAGUGGCAGAGGCUUCCACUGGCCGCGGUGGACUGGAGGGUCCACGGUUUGUGCCAGUGGCAGCUCAGCAGCUCGGUGCAGCAGUCGGCGAUGGGCAUGAUGGAGUCAGCAGCGUCUGUGGUGCAGAACGACUGGAAGGUGGGGCUGAAAGUGCCCGUGGAGCCCAAGGUUAAUGUGCAGGUGGGGCUGGCCGGCUCACGCUCCAAACUGGCCAAAUUCAUCAUGCAGAAGUCACGGAAGGACAAAUAUGCCUUUGUAAGCCAGGAGGUUUCCUGUCCAUAUUACAGGUUUGGGAUCAGCGGAAAACCUCCACUCACCGGUCAUUUCAUCCUAGCGGUGAAGAACCUUCCCAGCCUGUACAACAAGAUCUCCAAGCUGGAGUACCAUCAUCUGAUUCACACCUACGGCACCCACUAUAUGACCCAGGUGUCCCUGGGGGGCCGGGCGCGGGACGUGACUGCGGUGCAGGUCUGCCAGGCGGCGCUGGAUGGGCUGACCAUCAGCGAGAUCAGGGACUGUCUGAGCAUGGAGGUGGCCCUGAAUACCGGGGUGGGCUCAGACCAGUCCAGCUUCAGCAGCUGCAAGGAGAAGAAGAGGGUGAAAUUUCAACAGAGCUUCCACGAGAUGUACCGGGAGCACUACACAGAGGAGGAGGGAGGGCAAAACACAAAUGACCUGCUCUUCUCCAAGAAUUACGCUGGGGCCUUCUCAGACUGGGUAAAAACCCUGAAGUCCCUCCCUGGCCUUCUCACCUACUCCUUGAGGCCGAUCCACACCUUGUUGGGGCAGGACGACCCCAAGCGGGAGGCGCUGGGGCAGGCAGUGAGCGAGUACAUCCGUGAGAGGGCCCUGCGGAUGGAUUGCACCAAGAGCUGCCCCCCGGGGACCCGGCACAGCACCCUCGACCCCUGCUCCUGCGUCUGCCCCGGGGACAACUUCACCAACACCAUGUGCUGCUCGCUGGAGCGGGGCCUGGCGAGGCUGACGGUGACUGUGGUGCGAGCCAGUGAUCUGCGGGGUGACACUCUAACCGCUACGGAUGCCUACGUCAAGGUCUUCUUUGACAGGAGAGAGAACCAGACUGCCACCAUCUGGAACCGGAAAAGCCCUGUCUGGAACAGACUCAUGGACUUUGGCUCUGUCCGUGUCACUGACGCCAGCCAGCUCCGUGUCGAGGUCUGGGACGAAGACAAUGGCUGGAAUGACGACCUGCUGGGUGCCUGCGACAUCCCACUGAAGUCUGGGGGCCCCCAUCACAGGGAGUGCUACCUGAAACACGGCCACCUCAGGUUCCACUACAGUCUGCGCUGUGGGCCCCACCUUCAGGGCCGGAGCUGUUCUGAGUAUGUUCCCCAGCCCCACCAGCACAGCGUAGCCAAGGGGAAGGAGCCCUUCUGGUGA